AUGCAGGCGGGGGAGCCGAUGGCGCCCAGGGCCUCGCCGGCCUCGUGCCGAACCCUUUGUGAGAGGGGCAAGAGGGGAGUUGGUGAUGAGGUGGUCUCGAGGCCGCAUGGAGGUCAGAGGCACCCCAAGGUGCAGCAGGCGCGCCCUUGCAGCAGCCAUGGCCCAUGCCUCCUGGCAACAGAUACACACCAACACACAUGGGCAUGGCCAAACAAACACAAGGGAGCCAUCCCAUGCGCCGGGCCUACAUGGGGUGCUCGGCGGUGUCGCGCAGGAUGCUUUCCAGGGUCUGGAUUGCUGCGGGGUCCUGCCUCUGCCCCAAACAGAAUGCUACCUCGUGCCUGA